UCAACUAUUGUGCUUGCUCCUUGACAUGUCUAUAGGAAAUAUAGUGAAAUAUCUCAAAAGAGACAUCUUGUGCAAUAACAAAAUCAAGCUGUUUCACUGCAGCACAGUCGAGGGAGUUUUAAUGUCAACUUAUGCAUGGAUUGUAUUCCUUGAAAUUUCAGGAAGUAAUGUAUCAAUUCAAGUCCAUAUUGCAGGUAUUGUAAUCUUAGUACCAUGUAUUUUGUAUAGAGCAAUACUACACCAAGCGCACAUUGAGAUAUCAUUCAUAUUGCUCCUGUUAUUAUCUUGUAUACAGAAUUUCAAUUCAAACUCUUCUUCCUCAAUUACUUCUCUUUUAAGUGAUACAUUACUUGUACUGUAUAUGAGUAUGGACAGCUUUUACAAAGCCAAAACAUACAGAUUUAAUCAUCAGUGUAAGUCCAUAAAAAAUAGGAAUGAUAAUAGACAAAAUGAUCCGAAUCUCACUAUCACAAAAAAUAUCACAAAUGAAGGUGGAAGUCGUUGCUGUAUUCUAAAUUGUGAAAAUGAGGGCAGACGUCAUUUGAGAACAUUAAAUGGAUUCUAUGAAAUUGACAUCAAUUUUGAUAUUUUAAAUGCUGAUAUUGUUAGUGAAUUGAAGAUCUGCAAUUCACAUUACAGCAAGCAACCUCAUAAGCGUCAUAAGAGAUUCAGUAACCCGGACAAUGUUGAGCCAGUUAACUACAAGAAUUUUACACAAAAAGAAUGUGUUCACUGCAAAGGCACAUAUACACUUACAACAGUCAAAUGCCAAUCUCAUGUCAUAUUUGUUUCUGAAAAAACAUUUGUGUGUCCAUGUAGUUACAAAACAGAUCUUGUAAAUGAUGGUAUAAAGGAUCAAAAGAUUGAUGGCUAUGCAUGCUCUAAAUGUGAAUCAUAUUUCACUGACUUAAUCGAAACGUCCAAAAAGUACAACACAUUAAUAGGUGAUUUAACAGAACCACUUGAGCAAUGUAAAAUAACAAAUCCUAAUCUCUCACAGUCGGUCUCUGAUAAUUCAACGUAUAACUCUAACUCAGACACACUGUUUGAGGCUAAACAUGAUCCAAUUGAAAAAUCCAGUUCAGCUGAUCCUUCUAAAUCCAACAAUAGGAAUAAUCCUGAGAGAAGUGCCAAUGAUACAGUGUUUGAGUUUACCCCAAAAAUGACUGACUCCUCCUCGUACCAUUUAAAGUCAAAAUUAGGUAUAUUGGAGAGUUUACACCAACACUCUUGUUCUCUAGAAAUGGAAC